CUGCAGGGCGCUGGGAUCGCGCAGCGCCACAAUAAGGAAGUUAAGUUUCAGUAGCUGUCCGCACCGAGACAAUGACAACCAAACUCCUGCCAUUGUGGAUCUUUGCACUGUCUGCCUCACUCGAUCCCUCAGUGGGCCUUCACCCAGCACUGGAAGGUCUGCAGGAGUAUGAGGUGGUGAGACCAGUCAGACUGCACUCGCUGCGGAAGAGAGACACACAGUCCCUCCGCCCUGACGUGCUGAAGUACAGGAUACGAGUAGAAGGGAAGGACAUCGAGAUGCGACUAGAAAAGAACGCGGCCUUACUGACCAAAGACUACAGUGAGACUCACUACACUGAGGACGGAACCCAGGUGACCACCGUACCCCAGGAUCUGGACCACUGCUACUACCACGGCACCAUCGUCAACGACAGGGACUCGGCCGUGAGCAUGAGCACCUGCGAUGGACUCAGGGGCUACUUUAAAACGGCAGAGCAGAGGUAUCUGAUGGAGCCCCUGUCUGGAGACGACACCGGGGACCACGCCGUGCUCAAGUACGAGAACCUGGACACGGACAAGCCAGCGGUCUGCGGAGUCACCAACACCAGCUGGGAGCCGGACUACCCCCCCUUCACCAGCAAAACACGGUCACGGGCUGGGGGCCCAUCUUCCCUCCACCAGCAGAAGUAUCUGGAGAUGUACAUGGUAGCAGACAAUAGAAUGUACAAGAAAAUGAAGAACAACAAGGAGGACAUCAGGAGGCGGGUAUUUGAGGUCAUCAACUUUGUAAACCUGGUCUACAAGCCUCUGAACACAUUCGUGGCCCUCAUCGGCCUGGAGAUCUGGACAGACGAGGACAAGAGCUCGGUUACCGCCCCUGCCGGGGCCACCCUGAACGCUUUCACCACCUGGAGGAACAAGAUGGUGAAGGGCAAGCCCCACGACAAUGCCCAACUGCUCACAGCCAUUAACUUUGAAGGACCAACAGUUGGACUGGCUUACAUCGGCACCUUGUGUUCAGGACACUCCACUGCGGUCAUCCAGGAUCACAACCCCAGGUCCAUUGCCGUUGGGGCGACGUUGGCCCACGAGAUGGGCCACAACCUGGGCAUGAACCACGACAGCAGCUCCUGCUCCUGCGCUGGGUCCAGCUGCAUCAUGGCCCCCGCCCUCAGCUACAACAUUCCCAAGCACUUCAGCAGCUGCAGCAAUGGGAACUACAACCAGUUCCUGACUUCCCGCAACCCGGAAUGCCUCUUCAACAAGCCUGACUUCAUGAAGGUGUUGUCCACACCUGUUUGUGGGAACGGCUUUCUGGAGAAGGGGGAGCAGUGUGACUGUGGCACCCCGGAGGAGUGUAGAAACCCAUGUUGCAAUGCCACGAGCUGCACGUUCUCCGAAGGCUCGGCGUGUGCAGACGGAGAGUGCUGUGGCAACUGUAAGAUCCUGCCCACCUCGCGCAUGUGCCGGCAGCAGCGGGACGAGUGCGAUCUGGCGGAGCACUGCACGGGGAGGUCCGCGGACUGUCCGGAGGACGUCUUCGCGGUCAACGGCCUGCCCUGCCAGGACGGGCAGGGGUACUGCUACAACGGCGAGUGCCCGCGGCGGGACGAGCAGUGCGUCAAGAUGUGGGGCAGCACGGCGGAGGUUGCAGGGCAAUCCUGCUACAACCAAAACAAAAGAGGACUUUACUACGGCCACUGCAAGCGAACGGAUAAGGACACAUACAUCGGCUGCCAGCAAGAGGACAUUAUGUGUGGGAAGCUCUUCUGUGUCCAGGGCAAUGGCGGCCCAAACUACGGCCGCCUGGUGAAGGUGGGAAGCUGCAAAGCCACGUUCUACGGCGACCCAGACACAGACUACGGCCAGGUGGACACGGGGACCAAGUGUGGGGACGGAAUGGUGUGCAGCGAUUAUGAGUGCGUCACCCUGGAAACGGCCUACCGAGCGACCAACUGCUCAGCGCGGUGUAAAGGCCAUGCGGUAUGCAAUCACAGAGCGGAGUGCCAGUGUCUGCCAGGAUGGGUCUCCAAGGACUGCAACAGAGUGGAUGGGAGCUUUGAAAGUCUGUCCAAAGGUGGAGUCAUUGGCAUUUCUGUGGCCGUCGUUCUGCUGGUUUUGAUCGCCUUGGCCGUGGCAGCUGCUAUACUUGUCAAGCGUAGACAGAAAGGUACCGGCUCUCAGAGAACUCUCCCACCCCCCAAGAAUCCCGGUUUAAACAACCUAGCCUUCGCUCAAGAGAGACCGCCAGCGCCUCAUCAAGAAUACACACAGCCCAGACGACCACGGGCACCUCCACCCCCGCCCCCGGUCUCCGUCCAGACCCACCAACCUGCGAUCAACCUCGCUGCUGCUAGAAAGGCUCUGAGACCGCCGACGGCCCGGGUCUGACCCCUGACCCCUGACCCCUGACCCCCCCCGCCUGCAUGGCAGGAUGGGCGCCUUACGCUGCUGAAGAUCCACUCCCCUUCACCGCCGCCUGAGGACCAAGCAGGCCUCCAGCCAGAGCGACUGCACGGCAGUCACAACUGCUUCACGGCCAAUGGAAGCUGACCCGUGGCAUGCCAAAUCGGAUUAUUGUCUAACACCAUGAAGUGACGAUUGGCUGACUUUGCCAGCCAAUGAAAAGCCAUGAGACUCGCGCCUGUGCCAAUGGACCGUCCUGCGGAUUCGAACAGGGAACAAUCGUAAACUGCCGUGGACCACUCUGGGUUGUGUGGAUGAACUUAUGCUUUUCACUUCUGAAGUGCACUUUAUAUGAAAUUCUACUGAAACAACAGCGUUAAUGAUCGUUGGUGUGGCUGGGUUUUCAGCGAGGCACCGACGUAGUGUGAGACUUGCACUGCUGUUACAUUUUUCUUAACUUACGCGAAACAUUUUCACUGGUGAGAAGCCAUUUUAGAAACUGUUGGGAAUGAGAUGUUUCUGUAAGGAUGGACAGAGUCUGUCAAACUGCACGUGGUCAAACAAUUUGGAACUUGAGAUCUAGGUGAAAAAUGUAUGGCUUCCAUCUGACUGAAUAAUACUAAGCCAUAUUACAACAUAUUGUAUCAAUAUUAGAUUAAACAUUACUACAUCAAUGGCCAUUCCGAAGAUAAGGAAUCUCAUUCUGUGAAGACUUAAAUGUUCCUUUAGUUGAAUAAUUAUACUGAUAUUUUGCUUCAGUCUUAAAGUAAAACAGCCAAUACUGUACAGGACAGUACAGUGUACUAACAUGCAUUUCAAGUAUUGAAGGGAGUAAAAUGCAUUUCUGAAAUUUCGACUUCUGUAUAAUGCAAUUCUGUAGCUGCUUGCGUCAUUUCACCAUUUAAAAAUUGUCAUUUGAAUGGAAAAACCCAGGAAUUUGUUUUUAGUCAGUUUAUUUUUAUACUUUCAUUUACGGUUUUGCUAAAUGUUAAAUUCACUUCAUAAAAUUGUAAAGUGCAGUAUUAUGAAAGUGAUCUGUGUGCUACCACAUUACUCUGUAUACAAUGAACACCCAUGUACACACUAUGCAGAUUCAUAUCACCACUCCUUUAAAAAAAUAAAAGUAAAAGAACCAUAA